CUUCGCAGAACCCUCUAUUCUUAUAGACCAGCAAGAAGAGCAGACCUGUCAGGCCGAUUUGAGGAUCUUCCUUCCGUCUUUCCAGAUAAACCUCCAAUUGAAGCUCAAAAACUACAGGCUUUCAGCUUCUAGUAGGACUACUUGUUUGGCGUUUAGUACUAAGCUUUCCUUGAAGUAUUGCCCACGCCCAUUUGUGUUAUAGAUUCUGUUGAAUAGGACUUCUUCUCAAUGAGGGCAUCUUGUUGAGACUAGAAGAAUCAAGGUUCCUCCCGGAGUGGCUCGUUUAUGGUGUUUUUUCCUGCCAUGAAAUUGCUGGAAAUUGGAAAAGCAGAAUUAUGAAGAGUCCCGUUUCUUGUACGAUUCAAGUUCCUGUUCAGUUACCCUUACAUAGGCCCAAGGAGAUGUGGAGCACCAGAGUGAAUCCUCUCUUACAUUUCAAAUUCGUGAAUUGUAGUUUCUUUUCUAUGCAGGAGGUCUCAAGUGUAAUUACCUGUGCUGAAAAGGCAAGAAGAACCGUUGUCAAUGACACAAAUUCUCCUGAAGAUGUAUGUGAAUAUGGAUCAUUUGACAGGAAAUCCACAAAAAUGGUCAGAAAGAUGGGGAAGAAAGAACACCACUUGUGGCAGAAAAGAGAUUCUGCUAGGUCUGGCCAGAAAGCACUAAAUCUUGUUCGAAAUAUUUCUGGACUUCCAAAUGAAAAAGAGGCUGUGUAUGGUGCACUGGAUAAAUGGAUAGCUUGGGAGGCAGAGUUUCCUUUGAUUGCUGCAGCUAAGGCGCUAAGAAUCUUAAGGAAAAAGGGUCAAUGGGUUAGAGUAAUACAAGUUGCCAAGUGGAUGCUUAGCAAAGGGCAAGGGACAACCAUGACAACAUAUGACUCCCUUCUGUUGGCAUUUGAUAUGGAUUGCAGGAUAGACGAAGCUGAAAGACUAUGGAAUAUGAUUUUGCACAUUCAUACCCGCUCUACCUCUAAGAAGUUAUUUUCUAGGAUGAUAUCCUUGUAUGAUCAUCACAAUAUGCCAGACAACGUUAUUGAGGUAUUCGCGGACAUGGAAGAGUUGGGGAUCAAGCCAGAUGAAGAUUCUCUAAGAAAGAUUGCACGUGCAUUUGGAACAUUAGGUCAAGUAGACAAAAAGAAACUAGUUCUUGAUCGCUACCAAGGUAAAUGGAAGUAUAUCCACUUCAAUGGAGAGCGUGUUAGGGUGAGAAGGAUCCAUUGUGAUGAAUAAGCUACUGAAAGAAGUGACCAAUUAAAUUUGAGACUAGUUCUGAUGUUGGUACAUGUUCUGCCCCAGUAGUUUACGCAUCCCUUUUAGCAAUGUACAUAGGCCAUUGGCUAAAUGAUAACUAUGUUGAUAACAAGAAAUCUAGUGAUUUGUCAUGUUGUAUAGGUAAAAGCAGCAGUUGGUAGAAUUGGAUGAAAUAAUUCGUUUUGUAGCUAUUAUUUUCUUUCAUUCAAGAACAAUAGAGCAUCUGUUGUGGUCUUGGACACGGCUGCGGAUGGUUAGUCGAUACCAUUCCUGGAAAUUGGUGUUUAUCUUGAAAAUAGCAAGUGCAAUUUCAAUGGC